UUUUUUUUUUUUUUUUUUUUUGCUUUUUAAGGGCCACACCUGUGGCAUAUGGAGGUUCCCAGGCUAGGAGUUGAAUCGGAUCUACAGCUGCCAUCCUAUACCACAGGCACAGCAACGUGGGAUCCGAGUCACAUCUGUGACCUAUACCACAGCUCAGGCAACGCCAGAUUCUUAACCCACUGAGUGAGGCCAGGGAUCCUAAUAGGGUUUGGAUACCAGUAGGGUUUGUAACUCUGAGCCACAACAGGUACUCCUGACCUCAAUUUCUUAAUUUGCAAUUCAGGAGGAUUAAACCAAAAGAAUGUCCCAGGGGAGAAAAAGAGCCAGCCAGGGGCUUACACACAAAUUUGUUCAAGAACUGAUUGACCCUAAUGGAAAUAUUUGUCUUUAAGAGACAGACUAUCAUGAGCUAUUUUAGGGUAAGAGACUGAUGAAUAUGUUGAGUGUUUGGAACAUUGGGUAGAUGUUCUGGAUGCGUGUGUGAAGACAAUAAAUGGUCAAAUGUUCAGAAUCCAUCUGGGCUGAGACACACAUGAGUCGAACUUCCUCAGUGGCCCCCCAGCUCAGUUUUAGAGUUCUCUUAGCAAUACAAGCUGCAUGUUGACUUUCCUUUCACAUAUCUUACACAGCCAUGAUUGGUUAGAUAAAAGAGCCAGAGGUAGAGAGAUAUGUCAGUUUUUAAAGUUUCUUUCCAAACCUUAAGAGAGAUGAUUCUGUGAUAUAUUGUUCCAAAGAUAAAAAGUUCUGCAGUUUCAACCUAUAUUACAUCAAAACAUGAAAUCUUGUUAGGUAUCCUGAAGAUUCCACCCAUGAGGAUAUGCACUUUGUGUUUAUAAUAUAUAUAUAUUGUCUUUUUAGGGCCACGUCUGUGGCAUAUGGAAGUUCCCAGGCUAGGAGUUGAAUUGGAGCUGUAGCUGCCAGCCUAUACCACAGCCACAGCAACACCAGACCUGAGUUACAUCUGUGAUAUGCCAUGCAGCUCAUGGCAAUGCCAGGAAUUUAACCCACCGAGCAAGGUCAGGGAUCAAGCCUCAUGGAUACUAGUCAGGUUUGUUACCACUGAGCCACAAACGGGAACUCCAAGUUUUUGUCAUUUGUAAUCAAAGUCUUUUUUUUUUUUUUUUUUUUUUUUUUUGCUUUUUAGGGCCUCACCCACAGCAUAUGGAGGCUAGGGGUCUACUCAGAGCUACAACUGCUGGUCUAUGCCACAGCCGCAGCAAUGCCUGAUCUGAGCCUCAACUGCAACCUACACCACAGCUCACGGCAAUGCCAGACCUUUAACCCACUGAGCAAGGCCAGGGAUUGAGCCUGAGUAAUCCUGGAUGCUAGUCAGAUUUGUUUCUGCUGAGCCAUGAUGGGAACUCUGAUCAAAGUCCAUUAAACAAUUAGGAUCUAGCAAAGUCUUGGUAUGUGCAAUCAGAUUUUUUUUUUUUUUAAGUGAAAAGAGUUGCCAUUUAAAAGCAGCUCCAGAGACUAAAGAGUAACAAAAUACCCAGGAUUCCUGGAAAAAGACUCACCUUGGAGGUUACUCUUUAUUUUGCAAACAUGAGGCAAUUGAACAUCUAUCACUUCUGCAGGUGAUGACCAGAGUACUCUGUGGCUUUGACAAAGGCCAUUCUUCCCAGAAUCGCCUCCAGGACAGUCAGGUGUCUGGGAGGUUUCAAGGGCAUUGGAUCUUGCCUCUCUUCCAUUCUGAGGUUUAGCAUAAUUAGAACAUCUCUCACCCAUGAAGUCAGCUGGUAGGAAAGGAUAUCAAAGUUUCCCAGGAGGAAGCUUGCUAUUAGAGAAGUCUGGAAUGGUGGCCUGGAUGCCACAGUAAAGAGAAUUUGUCCUGAUACAGUGUGUGGCUGAGUAUGGAACCUGACCCCUCCGUAACCCCCAACCACCUUGGCACAGCAGACGAUCUUUGGGGUUGGGAACAAUGGUUACAUGUCAUCGUAGCUUUAAAAAUUGCCCCAUUGGGAAGCUCAGAGCAAGGCACACAGCACUGGACAAAAACUUUAGGAUUGUGUGGAACCAGUUUGCAAACUGCCAAAACCAGAUCUGAGCACUAGGACUCUCUAUGUACUAGAAGAUUCUUCAUUUCACUUUAGUCAAGCAAUGGAAAGUAGAACAACCUCCUUGGACGGAAAAAAACUGAGUUACUUGAAGACAAUUGUAAAGUAGCUGCUGAGGCCCCUAGAAAAAUAUUGUACUUUCUUGCUCAUUAGAGUUGGGCAGUUUGAAAUGGUUUUAAUUUGAAGGAAUGAGAUAUUCUAUCUUCACUUUACUUAUGCUGAUUUUAGCAGCUUUCCAAAGCAGUGGGACCAUGUUUAUGUAAAGGAGGCUUAAAGAAGACUCCAAUGACAUUUCAGCAAGUGCCUGGAAAAUUUUAUGUGGUUAAAAAUCCACAUUUGUCACCAUGUUGUAGUUGGCAAGAUUUUUAUUUUAAAAUGACUGACGAUAAAGAACCAAAAUUUUGAUUUCUGAAUUUUUUUUUUAAUCAAGAAAACUAAAGCAUCAUUUGCUAGACAAAUCAAGGUGUCCACAUCAGAUACUUAGGGCAUCAUUCUUUAGAAGAAUGGAGACAAAAUUCUGGCUCCUGUAAGGUUUAAGAAUUGGUCCCACACUUCAUGUCAUUCAUCUUUGAGAACUCUUUCAUUUGCAACACACUGGUGAUGACAUUCUGUCUUCUGAUCAAACUGAGAAAAGCGAUCGCUGCAAAUGCAAGGAGCCUAAUAAUAACCUGCUUCCCUGGUCCUGUUGUGGCUGGGACAUCUUACACCUGAGUGCUGCCUUUUGCAUUGUAAUACUAAGACUAUAUAUACAAUGAUGCCCGGCCUGUCGUUUCAAGAAGAGGAAACAUUUUAAGGGCCAAAGACUAGUCCUUGUGCCUCAUGGGAUACAACCUCAUCGUGCCAUGUAUUCCAUGAGUGUGGAGUUUGGAAUCAGUGUUUUACUCUUUGCUCUUGCUGUGUGAAUUGAGGACAAAUAAUUUCUCUGAGCCCUAGUUUCCUUGUCCAUAUGAUGGAGCUGAUCAUACCUUCUAAUGGAACUGCUGCAACAUUUAAGUAAAAUAAUGCAUAUGGAAAUACAACUGCCUGAAACAUGACUUUCAGAGAUUUGUAACCGCUUUGUCCUGAUACGUGUUAAACCUCUUUAGAAGAUGGCCGAUCCUUGGCAGGAAUGCAUGGAUUAUGCAGUUACCCUGGCGAGACAAGCUGGAGAGAUUGUUCGUGAAGCUCUAAAAAAUGAAAUGAAUAUUAUGAUUAAAAGUUCUCCAGCGGAUUUGGUAACUGCUACCGACGAGAAAGUUGAAAAAAUGCUUAUUUCUUCCAUAAAGGAAAAGUAUCCGUCUCACAGUUUCAUUGGUGAGGAAUCUGUGGCAGCUGGGGAAAAAAGUGUCUUAACUGACAACCCAACGUGGAUCAUAGACCCUAUUGAUGGAACGACUAACUUUGUACAUGGAUUUCCUUUUGUGGCUGUUUCAAUUGGCUUUGUUGUAAAUAAAGAGAUGGAGUUUGGAGUUGUAUACAGUUGCAUGGAAGAUAAGAUGUACACUGGCCGGAAAGGAAGAGGUGCCUUUUGUGAUGGUCAAAAACUGCAGGUUUCACCUCAAAAAGAUGUUACCAACUCACUCUUGGUGACAGAGUUAGGCUCUUCCAGAACACCGGAGACUGUAAGAAUUAUUCUUUCUAAUAUGGAAAGGCUCCUUUGCAUUCCCAUCCAUGGGAUCCGAGGUGUUGGAACAGCAGCCCUUAAUAUGUGCUUUGUGGCAGCUGGAGUUGCAGAUGCAUUUUAUGAAAUGGGAAUUCACUGCUGGGAUAUGGCAGGUGCUGGCAUUAUUGUUACUGAAGCUGGUGGAGUCCUCAUGGAUAUAACAGGUGGACCAUUUGAUUUGAUGUCACGAAGAGUAAUUGCUUCAAGUAAUAAAGCAUUAGGAGAAAGAAUAGCCAAAGAAAUUCAGAUAAUACCUCUUCAAAGAGAUGAUGAAGAUUAAUUUUAACAGCUUCACACAUUCAGUCCCAGUCACAUCUCUCCAGGCUUGCUGGUGCAUUGAUGGGUGUUACAGAAUUCGGGACAUCUGUUCUACCUGAAUAAUAUGAUUGGCUUAAAUUGUCUUUGAUGCCCAGAUUGAAAAAUUGCUACUUGUUCUGCAUUUUACUAAGAGUAGGCAUGCAAGAAUGGAGGAAAUAUUUGCUUUAAAAAUUUCUGUGUGUUAAGACUGUACUCUGGGAAAAAAGACGCAGGGAGUUGUUGAGAUAGGUAUCACAUCCACUGAAAUAGUCAGUUAGCAAUUUAGAGUUUCCAAGUAUUUAUGAGUGAGCCUCUGAAAUUUUGACAGUUUUGUGCAUGUGCAUUCUUAAUUAGAAAGUUAAAUUUUGGGGAAAAAUUUUUUUUCUUUAGUUCCAAAAGCCAUGCUUAAUUAAAUUUGUAAGAAGUAUAUAAUGAAUACUUCCUAGACAAAAGGUUUCUUUCUUUGCAGAGAACCUUGUUUUAUUCAUCAGUAUACAUGUAGUACCAAACAUGGUGCCUAUAAAAUAGAAGACAAUCCAAAAAUAAGCCUUGAAGGGAUGGAUAUUUUGACGGUAGCAGUUCCUAGUUGCUGCAUAAAGUAAUGAGCUCAUCAUUCUGUAGUUUCACUUCAGGUUUAGAAGUAAAAAUUAUCUAGUCAUCCUUUUUAUAUUUCAUAUCACCAUUCUUUUUAACAUUUCUCAUUUCCAUGGCAUUUCAACUACUGUACCUCCUGAUAUCAUUUAUAAUUAUGGGCAUUUCCCUAGUUUGUAUAUUUUUCAAAACACUGCAUUACCAUAUUUGCUUUGAUUUCUUUAAAGUCUCUAUAUAAAAGAAAAGAAGCGGUUUCAAAAGAGCUAAUGUAACUAGAUACUGUAUGACACUUUACUGAAUUCAAAAUUCAGAUUUUAAAGAUGUUCAGACUGAUCUGGUUGAGCACAGGGAAGCUGGGACCUGGCAGAUACACUGCAUUAUGAAGAUCAAACUAUGUGUUUCUUCCCAAACUCCUUAUUUAACUCUGUCACUACUAGAUUCUGUUCAGCCUUUAAAUAUUCCUUAAUAGUCUUUGUCUUCUCAAACUGAAAAAAGAAAUUGCUCUGGGUCAUAGAUAUUUUUAAAAGAUUAAUUUAUUGCUUAGCCUUUGCACUUGGCAAGUGAACAGACCAUGAAGUUUUGUUAUAGGCUCAUGUGAGCUGUAUAUUUGAUGCAAUGAAAAAUGCUUCUACCAAGUUUUCAAGCCAGGGCGUUAUUUUAUUGUGCACAUCUAAUACGUCAGAUAUAUAUGAACUAAGAUUUGAGCAUUAUAGUUACUGUAUUUGUACUGUUGCUCACAUGUAUCUCAUACUGUACUAUUCUAAAAUAGGUUGUUUUUGCAGUUAAAUUUAUUGUAAUUAAGAAUAAAUUUGAAAUAAAAAUAUAA